GAGUCAUCUAGUUAAUAGGAAAGGUUAGAAAAGUAUGAUUUGAGAUUUACUUCUGCAAUCUAUGGUGAAGGAGGAACCCAUGUAUCGGUCGCCGCCCGCAAUGAAUACCGUCCUACCAGGACCGGUACCGGUGAUAUCCAGCUCGCUCUCCGGCCCUGGUUACCCUAUGGUGAAGACAUAAGCCGUCGACUAGACCUCGAUGACCUCACAGCUGGGGACGAAUGCCUUCAACAGCGGUAGCUCAUCGAGCUGGAUGCAGAACCAGCGAUUCAUUUAUCAAAGCAACCUGCUGAAGCCUUCCGCCGUGCCGGGAUGGGGAGGAUCGGGUGCUGGAAAGCAGCAGCCAUCACCCUUGGAAUGGUAUCACCAGCAGCCGCAGGUUCGAGAAUGACCCCAGUGAUCCCCUUGUGGAGGACUUUGCCUAUGGGUCAUUCACAGAAAGUGAGACCAAGAAGAUCACCGGGGAGAAGCGUCUGGCUGAGAUUGUGCAGACAAAUCCUAAGAGGGUCAGAAGUAUCCUUCAAAACCGAAAAAGGUGCACAAAUUAGUAAUGAUGUGGGUUUUCGAUUACGAGAAAUACAGCUCAGCGGGGUUGGUCAGGUUUGCUGGCUUAGAAGAGUCAAGUGGAAGAUGAUGCUUUAUUUUGCUGUGACGAGGAAGAAAAACUUCACGCAUCUGGAGAGAAACUUUACAUGUUGGCUCUAUUUUCUGGGCAUGUAAUAACAUAUAUUUUUAGUUUUUG